GGGCAAUACGCAGAAAGGCGCUUGGAAUGGGUUCACACGUAUAUGACUGAUGGGUUCGUUGCGCAUUUUAAAAACAAGAUACGCGGUGUAAAGCGGUCUUAGGCGGCAUAAGUAUAAAGAACUUCCGAUCAAAGACCCGGCGGAGGCGGCGUCACGAGGAUGGCAACGUUGAAGAUGCCAUGCCAGAAGGUCAUCUUGUGCGGCGAGUACGGCGUCGGCAAGUCUUCCCUGUUCCGACGCUUUGCCACCGACUCGUUCGUGUCUGCCUCGGACAGGAAGUCAACGCUCGGGCUCGACCAGUACGAGAAGACCUACAGCGUCGGUCCCGACGAACGACAAACUAAGUUGCAACUCUGGGACACCGGUGGACUGGAGCGCGUGGCGUCGGUGACCUCCAGCUACUUCAAGUUCGCCGAGGCGGCCAUCCUGGUGUUCGCCAUGGACAGUGUCGACUCGUUCAACGUGCUGUCGCAGCACCUGCUGGAGAUUGUGUCGCACGCAGAGCACGCCAAGAUCUACGUGUGCGGCAACAAGAUAGACCUGAAGCACGACUCAGUGGUCAGCGAUGCCGAUAUUCAGAUGUUCUGCGAACAGUGCCACAAUGUGGUGACGGGCACCUUCAAGACCUCGUGCAAGACGGGCGAGGGCGUGCACGAGAUGUUCACGGAGAUCGCCCGCCAGGUGGCCGUCUCCAGCCGCUCGCGCAAGGAGCUCGAGCGGCUCGACGAUCGCGCCUUCAAAGUGGAGGCGCCGCAGGCAGACGACGAGCCGUGCUCGUGCUAGCGCCGCGGCCCGCGGCCCGGCAGCGGUGGGAGCGCGGCGCCGCUGCUAUGCUCGGCGCCGCUCCUGUGCGCGGCGGCGCUCCUGCGCGCGGCUGACGGACCUCGGCCGCCGCGGCCGUUGCCGCCGUGUGAUCUGAUGGUGCAGCUGCCCUGGGGCGCGGCAGCUGUGACUUGGCGCAGUGCAGCUGUUCGGCCGCUGGGUGGUCCGGGCGCGGUACUGCCGCCCAGUGCGGCGCCAGCCCUCCCGGCUGUGGCGGCGCGUGAUCCAGCCGUACACCGGCACACCGGUACGCGGCUGUGUGGUGCCGCCGUACCGCCGCCGUGCGGUACACCGGUGCGGGGCUGUGUGGUGCCACCGUGGGUCCAAGCCUGGGUGCGUGGAGUUCGCGGGCGAGGGCAGCCGACUCGAGAUGAACCGGCGGCCGCUGUGUGCGGGCGGGUCGCGCCGCUGCCUGCGGCCCCAUUCCGGACGCGGCUAGCCCUCAGUGUCUGGGGCCACACAGGUGUAUUAGUAGGGUUCGGAGGCGUGGGGGCCUCAAACGGCGGCUAUCAGCGCACGGGCCCGUGUGACGGGCGGUGGUUCGUAUUUCGCCCAGGGUUUGGACCAUGUGGCGGAGACGCACCGAGCGCUCCGAUUUCGUGAUUGUGGGUGUGAAGCACACCACACGGGUGGACGACUCAUAACGCGCGGGAGUCGGCGCGCACGGUGGGUACGCUGGCUCGUUAUUGAGUCAGCCCCAUACGGGACGCUGAACGAGGUUGUGCGAGCUCGAGUCACGCGGGUCGGCUCUCACUCCGUGGUGCUAUGGAAUGACCUCUCUUGCUUCGUAUAAUGCUUUUGCUAUGCUGUCCAGUAUUUUUGCGUGCAUGGUUGUCCCCAAGUAAAUUUUCCCUAACUCAUGCCGUUAAUCUGGGUGGGGUAUAAAAUACUCACUGUCGGUUGUACGCAAGAAAUGUCAUCUGUCAUUAGCCCCGUGCGUCGUAUAUGACGGCAGCGACAUGCCGGUAUGCCUUGGAGUGUGAUUUCUGUCGUUUUUGUGUGUUCUGCGCGUAUUUUAAUUGGUGACUUAAAGUUAGGUCGUAGGUAAAUCAAAACUGCAACCUUACCCUGAGUUCAAAUGCUGUGCCAGCUUGAACUGUGUUUGGGUGUUUUGGGGUGUUCGACAAAGCGACCUAUCUGCUUUUGUUGAGAUAUUUAUGGUAUCGUAUCGGUUGAAACCCUCGUAUGAAAUAUACUUGAAUUAUUA